CCGCAGCCGCCUCCGGCGCUGCACAUCCUGGCCGCCACCUGGGGCGGCGUGACGGUCACGCCCGAGUUGCGCGCCCUCGCGCGCGCCAGCCCCGACCCGGCCCGGCUCACGCUCGACCUGCGCUCGCUGCACCGCGUGCUGGCGCCCGACCCGGCGCCGGGCACGCUCAAGGUGCUGACCGUGCUGUACCGCUUUGGCGGCGGACCCGACGAUGGCCCAGCGGAUGGCGGCGGCGUGGGGGGCGGCACCGUGACGCUUAGCCGGUUCGCCACGGGCGAGCAGAUGCGCGCGCAGCUGGGGCAGCGCAGGAACGUGCUCGGUGUGCAUGUCCGGCUGGAGGAGGAGGGCCCGGCGUGGCGUGCCGGGCCCGAGGGGCAGGUGGAGAUCCUGGCGGUUUUGUAUGGCCCGCAGCGGAUCAAGACGCCGGAGGUGCUGGCUGAGUUGGCUAAGUUUUUCGAAGGCAAGAGGGGCCAGAUUCGCACGACGAAUGCCUUCUUCCGCACGGAUCCGUGGCCGUACAAGCGCAAGACGUGGUCUGUGUAUUUCCGCUUCGUCGGGUCCACGAGGGUGCAGGUGGUGACCGGCUGGGAGGACGGAGCGCUGGAGGUGCCCUGGAACAGGGACUAG